AUGCUCCUCCUGGCCGGGUCGCUCGCCCUCAUCGUCACCGACAAAGUCGACGUCCGCAGCGAUCUCUUUGAGGGCGGCCGCUUCGUCUUAAAGUUCAAGGACAUCUACACCUACAGGUAUGUCGUGGCUAUCGCUGCCAUAGGAUGUGCGUACAGCCUCUUGCAGGCACCGCUCGCGGCCGUCGCCAUUGCUAAGAGGAAGAGAGUGAUCGGAGGGACGACGAAUGUGGCGCUGUUUCUCAUAUGCGCCGACGUGAUUUUUAUUAUAGCUUUUGCGACGGCGGCGGGGGCAAGCUACUGGUUCAGCACCGACGCGGAUCGCUACAUCGACGAGUUGUAUCCGGACAGCUUGACGAAGGCUAACCCGGACUUCAAAUGGCUCCGCCGAGACUUGGACAUGUUCUUCGUGCGUGCCUCCGCGGCCGCGUUGCUCAUGUUGCUCGCUGCCAAAUGCACGGCGGCUGUCUUGGUGAUCUCCGUCUAUGCUCUCGUCAAGUGA